AUCAAACAUCCCUCCUCAAAACACACCCCCCAUCAUCGCAACCAACCAAGAACAUCAAUCCCCCCCCUCUGUAGAUACCAGAAUUCUCAGCCAUGUUGCGCAACACAGCCCUACGGGCCGCGAGAUUGGCUGUCCCCGCUUCCCCCUCCGCCUCUGUCCUCGCCCGUAACAUUCCUGCCGUUGCCGGAUUCGUCCAAUCCCGCAGCGCUAGUCACGCCGUAUCGAACGUUACCCUCGCCGAUAUCGAGAAGAGAUGGGAGUCCAUGCCUCCAAACGAGCAGGCCGAUUUAUGGAUGUCUUUGAGGGACAGGAUGAAGGGUUCUUGGGGCGAAUUGACUUUGCAGGAGAAGAAAGCCUGUAGGUUGCCCUUUCGGCCCUCCACAUAUUCGCGACUUGGCCUCGACCUUUCGCUCACUAACCGCUCAAAUGCGAAUAGCCUACUGGAUCGCUUUCGGUCCCCAUGGCCCCCGCGCUGUUCCCCCUGCAGAUGAGAACAGGAAGGUUCUUUAUUAUACCCUCGUUGGUCUUGCUGCCUCGUUUGCCCUCUUCUAUGGUACCCGUCUCAUGGCAAGACCCACCCCAAAGACCAUGAACCGGGAAUGGCAAGAGCAGACCGACGAAUACCUCAAGGAACAGAAGGUGGAGCCCCUUACUGGCUAUGCAUCACCAGAUUAUAAGGGCAAGGGAGUGGUAAAGAACUGAUCAUCAUGUCUCUUGGUAUCGGGUUGUGGGGGUUUUCGUGGUGGAUGCGAUUUAGUACCGUAUUCGGGGGAUGCUAUUGAAACAACAAGAAAACAAAAAACAAAAAAAGGAAAGAAAAGAUAAAACAGUACAGACAGAUAUCUUUUGUGCGAAUUAUCUUUUGCCUAGUCAAUUACAAAGCGAUCGUCGAUUUCCUCUUCAGA